AUGCCUCUCAUAGCUACUAACCCCAAACCUCGAAUAAUUCUUGGUCUUAUGAACUUUGGUCCAGACCCAUCCACCGGCGCACGCAUAACCUCAUUAGAUGAAUACAAUACCUUCCUCGACCAUUUUCAAGGCGCCGGAUACAAUGAAGUCGAUACCGCACGUACAUACGUUGGAGGGAAACAAGAAGCUUUCACACGCGAAGCAAAAUGGCAAGAAAGGGGCUUAACACUGGCCACGAAAGUCUAUCCAACAGAAGCGGGAUUGCAUACAGAGGCAGAAAUAACGAACAGAUUUGAGACGAGUUUGAAAGAGUUGGGGACGGACUGUGUGGAUAUAUUCUAUUUGCACGCUGCUGAUCGUGCAACGCCCUUUACAGAGACAUUGGCGGCUCUCGACAAACUCCACAAACAAGGCAAAUUUGUCAACCUAGGACUUUCGAACUUCACAGCCUUCGAAGUCUCAGAAAUAGUCAUGCAUUGCAAAUACAACAAUUGGGUGCGGCCAACAGUAUACCAAGGAAUGUAUAACGCCAUUACCCGUUCCCUAGCUUCUGAACUCAUUCCAUGCUGUAAGCGCUACGGUAUUUCCGUCGUCAUUUACAACCCCAUCGCAGGUGGUCUCUUUUCAGGAGCCUACAAGUCAUCAGAAAUUCCAACUAGUGGACGUUAUAGCGAUUCCGUGGGAAAGUUGGGCGAAAUGUACAGAAAACGCUAUUGGAAGGAAUCGAACUUCGCUGCAUUGAAACUCAUCGAACCAGUCGUUCAAAAACACAACUUGACAAUGGUGGAGACUGCAUUUAGAUGGUGUAUACAUCAUAGUGCACUGAAUGUUUUGAAUGGGGACGAUGGAAUUAUCAUGGGGGCGAGCAGUAUUGAACAAUUAGAUUCAAAUCUUAAAGAUUGUGAGAAGGGACCGUUGCCCGAAGAAGUAGUGAAAGUUUUGGAUGAGGCUUGGGAGGUUUGUAAAGCAGAUACACCAAAUUAUUGGCAUUUGGAUUUGAAGUAUGAUUAUGAUACUAGGAAGGCACUAUUUGGCGUAUAG